CACAUUUACGCAUAGUGCUGAGUAGUGUGAGCUGAGGUUUGUGUUAGCAAAGCAGUACAAACUCUCCAUCAGGUUUUUCCUGUACAUUUUGCGAUUUCAAGAGUUCGUUUUCGUGCCGAACAACUAAAACGGAGUAGUUGAAUGUUAAUGACAAGUAAACUCGAAAAGUGUAAACAUGGAGACUUAGCAACGGCUAAAUGCCGCUGAAUAGCCCUGUAUUACACAGACUUUUAGGAUUUUACGUCUCCACAUUAGUCCCAUAGUACAGAGGAGGCUUGCAGCCAUGGCAGGCAAGGGUCGUGGAGUAGCUGCCUUCACAUUCAACAUUGAGGCUCUGGGCAUCGGCAGGGGCAGCAUGCCAGAAGCCAGGGUGGGGCCCACUCCGCUGUUUCCAAACACAGACUUUAAGCCAGUUCCGCUGAAAGCUGGCGAGGAUGAGGACUACAUGCUGGCCUUAAAGCAAGAGAUGAGGGGGACGAUGCAACGGCUACCACACAACAUCAAGCCUCAGACCAAUAAAGCAGAAGUGGAGAAAUACACAGAGAGAUACCUGAAGCAAACCCAGAUGGAUGAUGAGGAAUGGGCUCCAGACUGGAACCUCUUCCCAAAAGAAUUGAUGCCCCAGAAGAAAAAACCUCGUGCUAAACCAGGCAUAAAGAAGAAAACUGUGAAGAUAUCACGCAAAGACACAGAGAAUAUACUGAGCAAAUUAGAAGAACUGGCAAAGAAAGAUGAAGGGAACCCUGAAAAAUCUGAUGAUGAGACGGAAAAGAAGACAGGGAACAAGGAUGAAGAGGAAGAAAUUGAAGCAGAAGAAUAUGAAGAAGAGGAUAUUGAAGAGGACAACGAUUACAUUGAAAGCUAUUUUGACAAUGGCGAAGACUUUGCUCCAGACAGUGAUGAAAAUAUGGAUGGCGAAGCAACAUACUGAGACAGUGUGACUCAUCCAAGCAAACAAUCACUAUGUGAUCGUGUCUGUUGGUUAUUAUUGGAGAUAAGCUGGAAAGAAUGUUUAUAAGAGUAAUGGUUGUUUGCUUUGUUUUGUUAUAUAUUGAGAGGCAAGCUUUCUUUACGGACUUAAUGUAAAUAAGAAAUGCCAACUAUGUGUAUACUGGCAAUAAUUUAUUCAAAAUAGAUGUAUUUAUUUUCCAGCCUGUAGCACAUUUCCACAGGUUGAAAGGCACGUACUGUCAACAACACGUAAUUUUUUUCAUGAAGUGUCAAGCAACCACAGUGAUAAAAUAAAAGAGCUAUAUAACAGAGUCUAAAAUUUCACAUAAUUAUAAGUAUGAGUCAUUGUGGGAAUACUGUGCAUUUCCCCAUUUUCCUCACCAUGCUCUUUGAGGUUUUUUGAAAUUAAAAACAAAAACAAAAGCACUUCUCUCCAGGCAAGCUAAAGGAUAAGAAAAAAUUUCAACCACUUUCAUGGAAAUUCUCAAAUAUUAUUUGAACUCCUAACUCCAAAUACUGAUAGUGUAAGUAAAGGCUAAUGCUCAAUAGUCUUGAAAUAAAUUAAUUCUAUAUUAAACACAAUGGCAGCAAUAGAGUUUGAAAAAACAUAAUUUCUAACAGGGCAAAAAUGGACCAAACAGAGUUAAAAAACCGCUUUAAAAUCAAAUCCACAUAAUUCUUCUCAUAAUGAUUCUCUCAGGGUGUGGCCUGUGGCUACUGCUCCAGGUUGCUGUGUGUAGUUCACUGAGAAUGCAUCAGCACUGAUGAUAGUACAAACAUCACCUCAAUUCCAUUGGCUACACUGAUAAUAACAACUCUGUAAUGUAUCCAUCAUUUUUUAAAAGUUCAGCCAAGAAUAACAUGUUAAUUUCAGCCCAUUUAUACCUUUGUAAAUCAUAUAAAUGUCAAUGGACAGACACAAGGAAUGACUGUGGCCACACCCUUACUUAGUCUCUCAACCCUGUGAAAAUGACUGUAUAAAGUGAUAGCCUCAGUCAGAUAAAUUGCAUUGAUGUAUUAAAUCUAUAAAAACUACUCAAAAUGGGAACAUCCA